AGGGCGUUUCCGUUACGUCACUGCGUACUGCCGGCCUGAACUGGUGGGACUUUUAAAUUGUCACCUGUCAUAGGGACCGGCGGGGCUGUUAGGCUGAAGCCAAAUGGAGUACCUCAUUGGACAGAGGAUUGGGAGACGGUGGAGGCAGAGGGUCCACCGGCCAAGGACCACAUAUCUGUCCCUCAGCGAAGAAGAAUGCCGCUGUAAACUACGCCUCUCUCGCCAGGCUGUAACGGACAUCUGCAAUCUUCUGGCUGACGAACUGGAAACGAAUGCCUGCUGUCCCUAUGCACUCCCCGUUGCCGUGAAAGUCACUGCUGCACUACAUUUCUUCGCCAGUGGGUCAUUCCAGCAUCCUCUGAGUUCAGUUGGUGGCAUUUCCCAAUCUGCCGUAAGUGCGGCCAUCCACGCAGUCACAUCAGGCCUAGUCCGACAUGCCAAUGAAUUCAUUAAGUUCCCCAUGAGGCCUAAAAGCCAAGAACGGGUAAAAAGGGAUUUCUGGGCAAACUUUGGGUUCCCUGGGGUUCUAGGUGCAAUCGACUGCAUGCAUGUGCAACUACGUGCCCCAUCAGAGAACGCGCUGAUAUAUGUGAACCGUAAGGGAACCCAUUCCAUUAACAUCCAGGUGAUUUGCGAUGCAAAGUGUAAGGUUACGCAUGUAUUUGCAAAUUAUCCUGGAUCAAGCCACGACUCCUACAUACUGGCCAACUCUGCCAUUCCUGCGCUCUUGCAGAGGGAUCCCCCUCCAGAGGGAUGGCUGUUAGGGGACAGUGGCUAUCCAUUAAAGACCUGGCUCAUCACACCGUAUAUCAUGCCUACAACAGUGCGAGAGAUAUCAUUCAAUCGAAAACAUACGGAAACACAUGCCAUAAUAGAAAGAACUUUUGGAUUGUUGAAAAUGCGCUUCAGAUGUUUGGAUAAAUCGGGUGGAGCAUUACAAUACAGCCCUCAGAAGGUUGCAGCAGUCUUUGUGGCAUGUUGUGUUUUGCAUAACAUCGCCAUGCGUUAUGGAUGUCUUUUGGACAUAAAUGAGGACAUGUUACAGGAGUUUAGAAGGCGCAAUGCUGAACUGCAUGUGCCGAUGCCAGUGAACCCGAAUACGGCAGCAGCAGCACGGGCAAGGAGAGAUCAGCUGGCAGAAGAGCUUCAUCAUCUGUAGCCUGGUAAGCAAACCGAAUGGUUUGAUUAAAAAGUAAAAUCCAAAUCUAUCAUUUAUUUAGACAUUUUAAAUUACAUUGCAUUUUACCAAUGUUUUUCAAAUGCAGGGAUUUACUAUAUAUUAUAAUUUUUUUUCACCUUGAUAUGAUUAAAAUUUUAUUAGAAUUUUUCUUAACUAUUUAAAAAAAAUCUUAAUUUUUUUUUUUAGAGUACAGUGAUCAGGUUUCCAUACUUUCAGCAAUUAAAACCUCACUAAUUUUAGCUGUUACUUCAUGACUGAAUAAAAUGGUUUUUAAGACGACCAGAGCUGUAAUUUAAAUGUAAAAAAUGAAAUCGCACCAAAUUUUUGAAGAGAACUUUAACAGGGUGUCGGUGGGGCAUUAAAAUGUCUUAACAUCGAGUUGCAACAGUUAAAACCUAGAAAAGUCUUAGAAAACCUUACAUUUAUGUCUACUAGGUCUUCAUUUUUUUUUUAGGUCAAAAACAUUGGUCUCCCCUUAUCUGCAGUUUCACAAUUUCAGUAACCCAUGGCCGAAAAAUACUACACAGAAAGCUCCAGAAGUAAUUCAGAAGUUUUAAAUUCCACACAAUUCUGGGCAAUGUGCUGUUGUCUCGCCAGGGACAUGAAACAUCCCUUCGUCCAGCGUAUCCACACUGUAUACACAGCCCGCCCAUUAGUCAUGCCGUCUUGGUAAUCAGAUCAACUAUUGUGGUAUGACAAUGCUUGUGUUGCAGUAACUAUUUUUUUUUUAAUAAGAAUGCUUUUAAGCUUGUAUGUAAAUUAGAGGUUGACCGAUAUGGGUUUUUCCUGAUCCCGAUAUUUAGGAGUCAGGGUCAGCCGAUGGCCGAUAUAUAUGCUGCCGAUUUUUCUUUUCUCCGAUAAUUGGACGUUUUCCCCUUGAUUUGCGUGGUAAAAUAUCACACUAAUAAUAAACGAUACACAAAAUUUCUCAACUUAGCAUUUAUUGAAUACUGACUUGUGUAAAUUAAUAUAUAAACUUAACAAAAACACAAUGCAACUUGUAAAUAAUAAUACACUACAAUAAACUUACAAACCAUAAAAAUAGCAUCAGAAUCUUUUAGUGCACAAUAUAGCAGCAAACUCCUCAUUUCUGAGGGAAGGAAAAUUUGUAAACAAUACAAGACAAAUUCACAAUAAAAAUCUAACGAUUGCAGAAAAUAAAAUAACUUUGUCGUAUUACACAGCCUUGUAUGCUAAGACAAUGUAAGCCCCUAAUGAUUGUAGAUCUUAAGUGCUAAAUUUCACAUCAGCACACCUUGCUUAAGCUGAUGAUGAUCUUCCUCCACAAGGGAGCACCACAAUGGGAAUGGCCAUGGGAGGUUCCAGGAUCAUCUGGGGAGAGUGUUGGCGUCUCCCCGCAUGCGCUCACUUAGGUUUUCCACAAAAGAAGUCUGCUUCCACUGGGUAAAAACGCAGAGCAGUGCUUUGCAAUUUGGUCUGUGGCAUUUGGUCGGUAACAUUUUCCUGAAAGCAGACAACAUAAUGCAUUACAACACGAUAAUAAAGUAUUACUGGUAUAAACAUAAUUCUUUGUACUGCAUUGUGAAGGUAUAGCCAUGUUUACAGUGCUUUAAUGCAUUCAUAUGCAUGACUGCUGUAAGUAAAGUGUUACCAAUAGAUCUUCAAUCCCGGUUUGGCCAGUUCCUCAGGAGAGCCACCUUCUCUUUUUUUGUCGCCUCGCUGUCGUCAGACUCGGAAGGAACAAAGUCAGAGUCACUAUCAUCAACAGAUUCGCUCUCAUCGUCUGUGAAGCUGUCGUCAUCCAAAUUAUCAUAUGCUUCUGGAGAAUAUAAAGAGAUCUUAAAAAUG